CAUGAAAAAUGCGUUUUUAGAUAAGUUCAUUAUUGUUUCUUUCCGCACUACUCCAAAGUCCAAACACACCCUUGUAAGUUGUAACUUUGUUUCGUUAUGUUCUUGAAAAACCUCUGAUAAACCCCCAAUUUCUCUAAAAUUUACACACACUAUACAAAUAUGGCGUUAAGCCCAGUAAUUUUGACAUGUCAAUCACCUGACUUAUAUCGAUUUUCGGGAAUCUCACCCAAAUCCAUCUCACAUAUUGGUUCUCAGACCCGGAUUUCAGCUUACCCAUUUCAAGUUUCUGCUUUUAGGAGCAGUUCUUUAUCUAAUCAUCAAACCCCAUGUGGUUUGAGUCUUUUGGGUCGGUCUAAAAUCGGGUUUAGACAAAUGGGUUGUGAUUGGAUUAAGGUUUCUGCUGGUAAUGGGGGAGGUACUGGUGGGUUUAGUGGUGGUAGCUCUGGCGGCGGUGGCGAUAGUGGUGGUGGUGAUGGUGAGAAGAAGUGGUCACUUAUUUCAUGGUAUUUGGCUCUGUUGGAGAAUCAUCCUGUGUUGACAAAAGCCGUUACAUCUGCAUUGCUGAAUUUAGUUGGAGAUUUAAUCUGUCAGCUUCUGAUUGAUAAAGUGCCAUCUCUAGAUCUGAAGAGGAUGUUUCUAUUUACAUUUUUGGGACUGGCCUUGGUGGGUCCUACGUUGCACUUCUGGUAUUUAUAUCUGAGUAAAUUGGUCACUACACCUGGAGCAUCUGGUGCUUUCUUACGCCUUGUAAUUGAUCAGUUUAUUUUUGCACCGACAUUUGUUGGAGUUUUCCUAUCUACAUUGUUAACACUUGAAGGAAGGCCGUCACAAGUGAUGCAAAAGCUUCAACAGGAUUGGUUCUCAUCUGUUCUUGCGAACUGGAAACUGUGGAUACCUUUUCAGUUUCUUAACUUUCUAAUUGUUCCGCAGCAGUUUCAGGUCCUUGCAGCUAAUUUCAUUGCUUUAAUCUGGAACGUGAUUUUGUCAUAUAAAGCUCACAAACAAGUUGUUGCAUGAUAGUUUGGCGCAGAAUCUUAGUUUAUUGGACUGGAUCUAGGAUUUGUGCGUUGCUCGAAGGUCUUGCAAAGAAGUCUGUGACUAACUGUCACAGAAUGAGGCUACCAGUUUUGGAUUUUAUGUUAUGAGUAUCUAGUCAGGAAGUGUAAAUUAUUCUGUACGAGGACAACCUUCUUCUGCUUGAAUGUUUCCUAGUGAUCAGUUGAAUUGAAUCCUGUAAGGAGGUUUUAAGCUCUGUUCUAAAACAGUACUUGAAAAAUAUAUAAGUUGAACAUACCAA